AAUUUGAAUGAUCGUCGGUUAUAUGUUCGUUGUCAUAGAAUAGAUAUGUCGUAAUGUUUGCGUACUAAUGUGAAUAUUAUCUACUAAUGAAAGCACCAUAAAAGUGUUUUACUGUGUUUCAUAGAAGACAAGUACUCAAGAGAAAAAGGAAAUCAUUACUUAUUACUUAUUAUUAUAAUAAUAAAGUGCUCGACGCAAUGUCCGACACGGCUAGCGACAGUACCAAGUACAAAUGGACUCCCGAAAGUACCGCACUGUUAGUUUCGGUAUGGUCCGAUCGACAGGUGCAAAAGCAACUCGAAUAUGCCCCACGGCCGCAAGUGAUUUGGGAGAAUGUUGCGCGAUAUAUGUGUAAGAAAGGUUAUAAUGUUGAAGCUAAACAUUGUCGAUCACGCAUGAAACAGGUACUGGUGUGCUAUAAAGAAGCCAAGCAGGCAGGGACACGUUCCAGUUUGGAGCAGUAUUAUGAAACUAUAGACAGAGUGAUGAAAAAUAAACGUUUGGAGCAGGUCAAUAUUAAUGGUAUAGACACAGUAGAUGCAACUGCAAAUAUGAAGUCACCUCCAAAAGAUGUAAAAACAAACAAGAAUUUACAAAUGAGAUUGAAAGUUCAAGAACCUGUGCAAUCUUUCUAUCGAACAGAUGCUCUGUCUCCUGUAUGGGUGAUAGGAGGUGAAAAUGAAUAUCCAGAUUCACCUGAAUCAAACGAAACUAUAAUAGCUAAGCCAUAUAGAGUUUUUUCACCUACAAGAGAUGUUGCUAUAAAUACUAAGCCACACUUGACCCAAAUUAGCAAUCAGAUGAUACAAGCAAAUUCAGCCAUUAUAGAGGAACCAAUACGGGAAAAUUGCCAACAAAAUUUAUUGUCCCCUUAUUCAUAUGGAGAAAUUCCUUAUCAAAACACAGUACAGAAUGUACAAAACCAGAUCAUCCAGGAAAAUAUGCAACAGAAUAUUCAACAAAAUCAAGUAUGGAAUCAGUUACCACGACAAAAAGUGCUAACAAAUGAACAUAGUCACCAGCAGAAUAUGCUUAAUCAUGUGAAUCGACAUUUACCAAGCAACACGAUGCAAGGUAACACAAUGAUCCAAAAUUCUAAUACAGAGAAGAUUAUACACCAGCAAAAUCAACCACAGCAAAAUAUGCCAUAUAUGGACAAUCAAGCAAUGCCUCAAGAACCGCGUAAGAUUAGUUUUGGACAGAACUUACAAACGGACAGAAUAUAUAAGCAAUACAGAGAUAUCGUACCUCGUUUAGUUCGUAUGACUGAUGUCAAUAGUAAAAACUUUGAUUCUCUAUCACCAGAUUAUUCAUUGGACAUGUCACAGAACUUGAACAACGCUUUCUGUCAGUCAAAGAGUGAUGAAGAAACACACAAUUUAAACGAGACAUACAGCCAAUCUAAUCACUUGAUGCAGAAUCCUAUAUUAAUACCUAAUGCAGACGCAACUUUCAUGACAAACAAUGCAACAUGUAACGAUGACUCUCUACUAUUGGAAUAUUUAUCAGAUUCACCAAUUUCAUCUGAGAAUAUUGGAAAAUCGAGAAACAGUGUCAUAAAUUCAGAUAAUGCACCAAAUGCACCAUUCAGAAAGAAGAAGGCACAAAAAUUAGAGCAGCUUGUUCUCAGUGCAAUUAAUUCCCAAAAUGAGGUUGUUAAUAAGAUCUUGGCAGUUCAGAACGAUAUGGUGACGCGAUUUCUCGAUGUGGAUAGAGAUCGGCAAAAUAGACUCGAAAACAGACUGGAUCAUUUAUUAAAUGUUGUUCAUACUGCAGUACUUAAUAAGAACAUAGAGGCAGAACGUAAGACUCCGUCAUCACGUUCGUCAUCGCCUCUACCAGAAUCUGCGAUAACUUCCUUACAUCCACCUCCAAAACCUGGAAUGGUUCCACCUAAGUUAGAUUUAGUCCCUCCGAAACCUUGUCGUGUUCCUUGCACAAUGCCAAACUCAAAUGUUGAGUUAAUUAAUCAUAAUCCCAUUUCAACUAGACCUGGUGUCAUCUCCCCGGUUACUAGUCCAGGUCAGAAGUUCGGCACAAUAUGGUCGAAAUUGGGUCCAGUAUCUCAAUCGCCGUUCGUGAAAGCUCAGCAACGGCUUGGUCUCCAAACUAUUACAACCAACGACAAUGUUCGGACACAAUCUUCGGCGGAAAGACGUAUUGUUAAAGAACUAGAUAAACCAAAUAUGGAUGUACGAAAUUUGAUCUAUGAAACUGUUAAACUAUUAGAGAUGGAACGGCAACUUGAGGAGAAGAUCGAAAAUGCGCGACUGGAGAUGACAAUCGGCCAAACUUUGACCGCACGCAGAAGACUGUUCACGCAGCGUAAACCUACUCCUAUUAUGAUAUUAACUGCUGCAUUUUUGGACGCCGAAUGUUGCGCUUGUGAAUUAGACCCAUCCUAUUACAACACAUGGAAUUCACGUAAAGAAAAGCUGAAAUAUGCUCAACGAGAUAAUCUUCUGGCUGGUCAGGGUGAGAACUAUGAACGAGUUCCAAAACAAACUAUUCAACAACUGGCGCGACUAGUGAUGAAUAGUACAAGGUGGCAAAAUCCUCCACAUAAUCAACAAAUCAGUUCGGUUCGUCAGACAAUAACGUCGACGCAACCAAUAAAGCAAAAUGUGCUCGAUAUUGAAUAUAACGCAACAUUUACUGCUCCUAAAGCGAAUGUACCUUCGUUAGUUCCUGAAGAAAAACCGCAAGUAUUUGCGAAAAAUAAUGACAUAACACAACAGAAACAAAGCAGCUACAAUAAAGUAAUGUCAGAAAAUGAUUUACAUGGCCAAACUAAAUUUCCUAUAGGCUUCACCACUGCUGUGCUAAAUGCUAACAAGCAGGAAAGUAUUUUUGUGUCAAAGCAAACUAACAACAACGAAGCAAUGUCUAGAUCAUUGGAAUUUAUCGAUAAUCCGCAAACCGAUCGUAAGAAUAAUGUUCGUUUUUUAGAUAAUGCGCUGGCUGAGUUACAGCGUAUGUACUCCGAUCGCCAAGUUGGUGUAGAAGAUGUUGGUAAAAUAUUACCGUCCGGAAUAACAGAAAAUAACGGCAAUAACGGUAAUAUUGCAAUAACCACGCGUAAUCGCAACAUGAUAGAACAGUAUGUGAGCGAUUUGAUGAUGUCAAAGAAACCAAUUCAUGACAAGGAUGUAGAUUCUGAUAACGAUGACGAGUUUCUUGAUACUACCAUGAGUAUGCAUCCAACAUGCAUAUCUCGCCGAGGCUCAUUCACGUCGAACGGCACAACCUCGGCCGAGACAGCUCGCUCCUUGAAAUUCAAUAAAGCGACAGGCAAUAACUGUAGAAUAAGUUAAUUCUUUUACUAAAGCUGUAAUAAAACAGACUGAUGAUUUUGACCAGUUUGUUUCUAAUUUUUAAUAAUGUCUAAUAUCCUUGCUUUUGUUUUGUGUUUUUUUUAUACUGCUUAUUUUUUAAUACUUAAUAAAGCAAUAGUUAAUUAUGGAAUAAACCAAGAAUAGAUUUUUUUAUCGGCAAUAAUAAGUUAACUGACACAUCUGGCUAAUCUAUUUCUAGUUUUUAUUCAAUGUUCUCAUUUCUGGUUUAUAUUCUUCAUCAUGUAUCAUUGACCAAUUUUUUUAUUAUGACUUUAUAUUCUAUAUAUAGGGUGUUAAAUUUCAAACGUAACAGGUAAAAAAUCUAGGUAGGGAA